AUGGCCAGUGACAGCGGAAAACAAGACACAAUAGUGUCUGCAGAGCCCGAACUUGAAGUAGCGUCCCCUGGGAAUGUUAAACGGGGGAUGUUCUCGAACAUCUCGCACAAGAUCUGGGGGGACGAUCCGCAGGAAAGGAGAUAUGUUCGGAAGUUGGACACCUUCCUCUUCUCUUAUGUGCUUCUCGGAUAUUUCAUAAAGUACCUAGACCAGAAUAACUACAGCAAUGCCUUCAUCAGCGGCAUGCAGGAGGACCUUCAUCUCUAUGGAAAUGAGAGAAACCUCCUCAACACGUACUUCAACAUCGGCAUCAUAUUGGGCACGAUUCCGGCCCAGAUGAUCCAGUUGAAAUACGUUCGCCCGUCGAUAUGGAUACCCGCGUGCGAACUCGGGUGGUCCGCCCUGACCAUGGUCAUGGCGAGUGCCAAGAACGUGGAAACACUCUAUGCUCUGCGCUUCUUCAUAGGACUUCUAGAGUCCUGCUCUUUUCCGGGCUUUGCUAGCAUCCUGGGGAGUUGGUACGGCAAGUCACAACUCGCGAAGCGCAUGGCGUUGUUCGAGCAGACCGCUGCCAUUGCCGGCAUGUUCAGUGGAUACCUGCAGGCAGGUCUUUACACUGGGAUGAACGGGACGGCUGGGCUAUCUGGCUGGAGAUGGCUUUUCAUAAUGGAUGGCAUCAUCUCAAUCCCGAUUGCCUUGUAUGGUUUCUUUGCGCUCCCGGAUUUACCCCACAACACCAGGGCCUUCUACCUUCAGAAAGAGGAUCGUGAAUAUGGCAUGGAGCGCAUCAAAAACAUGGGUCGGAAGCCACCGUCGAAGCUUACUCUCAAAGGCAUCAAGGAAAUUUACACCUCGUGGCAGCUAUGGGCUUUCAUUCUUCCCUAUCUCAUGGUGGCUGAAGCUGGGUCCGGUACCGGUUAUUUCAACCUCUAUCUCAAGUCUGAGGGGUACGGUGUCGUCAAGACGAACAUCCUCCCGACUAUAGGAAACGCCAUCCAGAUCGUCGCAGCCUUUGUUGUUGGCUGGCUUUCGGAUGCCACGGGUAGUCGUGUGCUUACUGUCGUGUUUGUGCAGGUAUUGGUGCUUGUCUCAAACAUUAUACUAUCGAUAUGGAACGUCCCUAAGGCGGCUUUGCUCGCGGCCUUCUACCUUAGUUAUACGGGUGGUGCGGCGCAGCCAGUAGUCAUCAGCUAUGGGCAUGAGAUCACGCAAUGGAAUGCGAAUCUCCGGCAGCUUCUGGUGGCUACGGGCAACAUCUUCACCUACACCUUUAAUGCUUGGAUGCCCGUGGUCCUAUUCCCGACCUAUGACGCCCCCAAGUACAAGUAUGGGUACCAGAUACUGAUUCUUUUUGGGGGGCUUGGCGUUGCGGGCAUGUACCUGCUGGACUACCUGUACAAGCGUGACUUAAAACACAACCCAAAGCUGUACGAGAUUGACAAUCAACCUGAGAAUGAUCAGCUCGUAUCAGAGAGAAGCAGAAAUAGUGGCGCGGAGCCCGAUCGCGAUGUCUUCGAAGCCCGAUACGGAACCAUUGCAAACCUCGAGACAUCGUCAAGAGCCAAGUAA